AUGUCAGAAACAGUCCCCAUCCCAGAACCCUCUGGGCUGCCGUUUCUCGGCAACAUCAACGCGUUCGACCCUGAAUUCCCCCUGGGAUCCAUGAUCUCGCUUGCGGAUCAGUAUGGUGAAAUUUACCGGUUGAGAUUUCCGGGCCGUUCAGUUGUCCUGGUCUCGACCCGCGAACUGGUGAACGAAACUUGCGAUGAGAAGCGGUUCAAGAAGUCUGUGAACCAGGCAUUAAGUCAAGUCAGAGCGGGCGUCCACGAUGGACUCUUCACAGCAAAAAUGGGCGAGGAGAAUUGGGGCAUCGCUCACCGUAUUCUCAUGCCCGCCUUUGGCCCCCUUUCGAUUCGCAACAUGUAUGAUGAAAUGCACGACAUCGCAAGCCAGCUGGCAUUAAAGUGGGCGCGUUAUGGCCCGGAAUCACAAAUCAUGGUGACGGACGAUUUCACGCGGCUGACGCUCGACACAUUGGCUCUGUGCUCGAUGGGAUAUCGCUUCAACAGCUACUACUCACCCGUUCUUCACCCGUUCAUCGAGGCCAUGGGCGAGUUCCUGACGGAGGCUGGCAACAAGUCGCGUCGCCUCCCGCUCCCUGCCAUGUUUUACAGCGCAAAGGAUCAAAAGUUCCAACAAGACAUUGAUACCCUUAGAACCACAGCCAGAGAAGUUCUCGAAUCAAGAAAGGAGGGGAAGAGCAAUCGCCGCGAUCUGCUCACUGCGAUGCUUGAGGGAGUUGACACAAAGACGGGGAAGAAAAUGACGGACGAGAGCAUCAUGGACAACUUGAUCACAUUCCUCAUUGCGGGCCACGAAACGACAUCGGGACUCUUGUCAUUCGCUUUCUACCAGCUGCUGAAGCACCCCGAGGCGUACCGGAAGGCCCAGCAGGAGGUCGACGAGGUUGUCGGAAAGGGGCAGAUCAAGGUCGACCACCUGUCCAAGCUGCCCUACAUCAACGGUGUUCUCCGCGAGACCCUGCGCGUAAACGCAACGAUCCCGGUGUUUACCGUCGAGGCCUUUGAGGAUACCGUCAUCGGUGGCAAGUACGCCGUGGGGGGUGGCGAGACCAUCAUCAACCUCCUCGCCAAGUCCCACCUCGACCCCGCCGUCUUUGGCGAAGACGCAAACGAAUUCAAGCCCGAGCGCAUGAUGGACGAGAACUUUAACCGCAUCACCAAGGAGUUCCCCAAUUGUUGGAAGCCGUUUGGCAACGGCAUGAGAGGUUGCAUCGGCCGCCCCUUUGCCUGGCAAGAGGCCCUUUUGGUCAUGGUCAUGCUUCUUCAAAACUUCAACUUUGUGCUGGACCCCAACUACUCGUUUGGCAUCAAGCAGACCCUCACCAUCAAGCCCAAGGACAUGCACAUGCGCGCCAUCCUUCGCGACAACCUUACACCGACGACCCUGGAGCGUCGUCUGGCCGGUCUCGCCGAGCCCGAGAAGCAUGCCGAGCAGGCCAAGGCCAACGGAGCCGCCGCCGCCGCCGCCGAGGGCGAGACCGGAAUGCCCAUGACGAUCCUCUACGGAUCCAACAGCGGAACCUGCGAGGCCUUGGCGCAGCGUGUUGCCUCCGAUGCCGCCUCCCACGGCUUCCGCGCGACCAAAAUCGACUGCCUCGACAGCGCCAACGGCAGCCUUCCCACCGAUCAGCCUGUUGUGAUCAUCACGGCAUCGUACGAAGGCGAGCCUCCCGACAAUGCUGGUCACUUUGUGGCGUGGAUCGAGGGGCAGAACAAGGCCAAGACACCGCUCAAGGACGUAUCCUACGCCGUCUUCGGCUGCGGCCACAAGGACUGGGUCCAGACGUUCCAUCGCGUUCCCAAGUUGGUCGACACCACACUCGCACAGCUCGGUGCGACUCGCCUGGCCGAUCUCGGUCUGACGGAUGUCUCGAGCGGCGAGGUCUUUACCAACUUUGAGUCAUGGGAGGACGACGUCCUCUGGCCCUCGUUGGCGAACAAGUAUAAGACGACCUCUGCCGACGACAGCAAGACAAAGGGCGUGGGCGUCGUCAUCAGCAACCCCAGGACCUCGACCCUGCGCCAGGACGUCAAGGAGGCCACCGUCACCAAGACUGCGACGCUGACCAAGGGCAGUGACCCCAAGAGCAUCAAGAAGCACAUCGAGAUCAAGCUUCCCGAGGGCAUGACGUACUCUGCGGGCGACUACCUUGCCGUUCUGCCCAUCAACCCCAAGGAGACUGUGCACCGCGCCAUGCGUCGCUUCCACAUUGCCCGCGACGCCCACCUCAGCAUCAAGACCGACGGACCUACCUCUCUCCCGGUUGACACCUCGGUGCCCGCCAACGAUCUCUUGAGCUCUUAUGUUGAGCUUUCGCAGCCGGCUACCAGGAGGAACCUCCUUGCUCUGGCAGAACACGCAAAGGACGAGUCGACCAAGGUCGAACUCAACCGCCUCUCCGGGGAUGCCUACGCAGACGAGAUCAGCGGCAAGCGCGCUUCUGUCCUCGACCUGCUCGAGCGCCAUCCCUCGAUCGACUUGCCCAUCGGUGUCUUCCUGUCCAUGAUGCCGCCGAUGCGCGUCAGACAGUACUCCAUCUCCUCGUCGCCCAUGGCGUACCCCAACAACGUCACCCUGACCUUCUCCGUCCUCAACGAGCCCUCGCUCUCGGGCCAAGGUCCCUACAUCGGCGUCGCCUCGUCCUACCUCGACUCCCUCGCCGAGGGCGACAGCCUCCACGUCUCCAUCCGCCCCUCCCACGCCGCCUUCAGCCUCCCCUCGGACGCGGAACACACGCCCAUGGUCUGCGUGGCGGCGGGCACCGGUCUCGCCCCCUUCCGCGGCUUCAUCCAGGAGCGCGCCACCAUGCUCGCGGCCGGCCGCACCCUCGCGCCCGCGCUGCUCUUCUUUGGCUGCCGCUCGCCUGAGCAGGAUGACUUGUACCGCGACGAGUUUGACAAGUGGGAGGAAAUCGGUGCCGUCUCUGUCCGGCGCGCCUACAGCCGCGACAGUGAGAAGAGCGAAGGAUGUAAGCACGUGCAGGACCGCAUGUGGCGGGACCGCGAGGAGCUCGUGAGCCUGUGGAAGAAGGGGGCCAAGGGGUACGUUUGUGGCUCCCGCGGCGUGGCUGAGGCUGCCAAGGAGACGAUUAUCAAGAUCAAGGUUGAGAUGGAGAAGGCCAAGGGUGAGGCGACGGAUGAAGAGAGCGUGAAGGAGUGGUUUGAGGCACAGAGGAAUAUUCGCUACGUGACGGAUGUGUUUGAUUAG